AAAAUAUUAAAAUUUAUUAUAAAUACGAAUAUGUGGCUGCAAUGCUGGUUAGAUACAUGUAAACAAUCACCUGUCACCAUUGAUUGAUUGGUUAAUUAUGUGAUUACACUAUAAAGUCUUCAAAGUGUAUCAAUCUAAAAUCUUUACAAAAUGGUGCUAUUUCACAAUGUAAAUGUUGGACAGAAGGUGGAAGUCAAUAUAGGCUGGGGCAACAUUAAAGGGACUGUACAGUACAAAGGAAGUCUGGCUGGAAAACAAGGAGAAUGGGUUGGUGUUUAUCUAGAUGAGCGAGUUGGUAACUGUGAUGGAAUGGUGAAUGGUAGAAGAUAUUUCCAGUGUCCAAAUGAGUUUGGUUUGUUUGUACGAGCCAAUAGAAUAAGAUUUAUACCAAUACAGAGAUGUCUGUACAAUAAGUAUCACAGGAAAAGAGAAGGUUCUUUUGUUGAUGAAGCACUGUUUGGAAAUACACCAAAGCCUGAGGUUGUCAACGGUCCAUAUGAUCCUAUCAAGAUAUCAGCGAAAUAUCAUGACAAAAUUACAGUCGGCUCAAGUUAUGAUGAUGAUGCUGAUAUCUUCAGAAGGAACUACCACCCUUUAAGUCACUCCAUCAGUAACACGAUGCCAGCCGCCACGAUGAAACGACCGCGUUCUGUCACACUUACGUACACAUCUAAACCAGUCCAUGGUGACUAUGAAAUUGAAGAAGCUUAUAUUUCCAGUCCAUCAAUACCAAAAACCCACAUGCCCUAUACCGCUUUGAAGCGUCAAGUGAAGCGUGGUUGGGAAAACUCGCACUACGUCAGGGAAAUGUCCGUUCCUACAGGGCGUGACAGCAUGAAAAAAUGGCAAUGGAAUGACAUUUCAAUCUAGGAAUACAACAGCUUUCUGUAGUCUGAACUUUACUCAUAUUUUACAUCGGAAAUUUCCAUUGUUGUAUUGAAAAUCAGUUUAAAGUUUAAAGCAAUAGAAUAGAGCUCAUUUAGCUUUUAUUCUGCAGAGGCCAAUAGUAUCAAGAGUUUUAUGAUAUCUGGAAGUGAUAUUUGUAGGUUAAGUUGUCAUAGAAACCUUCAGGUAUAGUAUAUCAUAUGUAAUGAUAUACAGGGUACUUAUGUAAUGCUUAAAAGAAUUGUUAGUUGAGUUUUUGUUUUAUUACCAACUCAAUUUCAUUAAAAUAAUAUCCUAACUGUGGCUCCACUACCCUUCGCUAGCUUCGUAGCGAAGAGUAACAGAGCCUAAACGAUGAUCUGAUUUUAAUGAGUUUGAUCACCAACUAGUUGUGCUAGUCUUUAAAUGUUCAUACAUGUAUGUUUUAAAUGUUCAUACAUGUAUGUAAUUACAACACCUUGUGACAGAUUUGUCAGAAGAUGGGAAAGAUUAACUUGUGAAUGAGGUAUUUUGUUGAAUGUUUUAAGCUUAAAGUGUGUUGUUACCAAUGUAUACAAUUACUGACUGGCAUUAUAGUAUUAUAUUGCCUUAGAUAGAAGGUGUUAUUUAUUUAUAUCAGCUUAUGAAUGUUAAAAGCACUGUGAUUAUACAUCUUUAUCAUGUUAUGUAAGUGAGAAUUGAUUUCUUUACAUGUCUUUCACUGAAUUUAGAACUGUGAUACACUUUUCUUUGAUAUACUUUUUUCUGUGAUUCACUUUUUUAAUAUAUUUUUAUUCUGUAAAUACUGUUGGUUUGAAUUACCGUUAAGUUAUGUACUUAUUAUUAUGUACAUGUAUUUGAUGAGAAAAGUAGAUUUUAGAAAUUCAAGUUUAAUAAGAAUUUUAACUGCAUAGAGAAAUGGUCAAAACCCCUGGCUUCUUAAGUUAAUUUUCUUUACAUGCUUUUCUAGCCGUUUCUUAUACACAUACUCACCUACUUUAUGAAAUGACAUUUUGAAAACUCUGAUUUUUUGUGCCAAAUUACAAUUGUUUGUAGAGACCAAUUGACAACAAAGUCGGUAUUCUAUUAUCAAUUCUAUUCUCUAUCAAAAUAUAAACACAAGACAAGUAGUAUCACUGUGCCAACAAAUUGUUUGUAUUGGUUUCUCUGUAAAAUGUUUCAGGUGCAGUUACAUGUUGCAAAUUGUAUUUGGAGUUGACAUUUAUAUCUUCUGUUAAAUUUUCACUUUGCAGAUUGAAGAUUAAAAUAUGAAUUUUAUUAACAACCAUUGUCAGUUAUUGUAGGCAUUUUCUUAUUAGGCAAAAACUUCUUAUUUCUUUUUUAAACCUCACUCUUCGAAGUUAGUUCUUAUACCACGCUUAAUAUCUUAAAUCAUCACUUUAAGGUGCAGUUACCCGUUAACUUCACAUAUAAUUUAAAAGGAGUUAAUCUGUUAUUGCACUUAAUUGACAAAAUGGACUUGUCCAUAUUUCUAUCUGGACAAAACCAUUCAUCAUUUUCAGGGAAUUUUUUAAAAAAAAGCACUAAGUAGCAAAUGGUACAGACCAUGGUCAGGCAGCACAUAUAUGCUGGCUGAUCUUGGUCUGCACUGGUUACGUGGGAAGAUUCAGUGGCCAACAACAGGUUAAAAGUUUAUAUAUAGAUUGUAUAAUGAUCUGUAUUAUUUUGUACUCGUUUUAUUUUCGUUUGUUUUAUUAGAGAGACCUUUAACUCUUUGUUAAAUCUUAUAUAUACAUAUAUUUUUUUGAAUUUAUUUUAAAUUUAGUUUAAGACUGGCUUAUGGUUACUGGGAUUUUAAUGAAAUAUAUGCUUUUUAAAACUAA